UCUGAUCGUUGGUUCGUGAUUUUCGUGAAUGACUGAAUGGAUAGAUUGAACUUUUGAAACUAAAAAAAGUAAAAAUUACGAGCGAGCAAAAGUGAUUUGCGCUAAGCCGGUGGUUUAUUGUCUUUUUAAGCCUAACUUCACAAAAGAUCUCAAAAUGGUCUCCCUAAACCCCAUCAGAAUAUUGAAAAAUGAAGCUGAAGAAGAGAAAGCUGAGGUGGCUCGUAUGUCCAGUUUCAUCGGAGCUAUUGCAAUUGGCGAUUUGGUAAAGAGUACUCUGGGCCCUAAAGGGAUGGACAAAAUUUUGGUCUCUAUGGGCAGAAAUUCUGGACAGGUUGAAGUCACAAAUGAUGGUGCCACAAUUUUGAAAUCAAUUGGCGUUGAUAACCCGGCCGCAAAGAUUUUGGUAGAUAUGGCAAAGGUACAAGAUGAUGAAGUGGGUGAUGGUACAACAUCAGUCACCGUCUUAGCUGCUGAACUGCUUCGUGAGGCCGAGAAGCUUGUUGAACAAAAGCUGCACCCUCAGACAAUUAUUGCCGGAUGGCGCAUUUCGGUUGAUGCUGCCAAGAAAGCUCUUGCAGGUGCCAGCUUUGACCACCAGAAGAACCUCAAUGAUGCGGCUCUCCGUGCUGACCUGGAAAAUAUAGCUCGUACAACAUUAAGCUCCAAAAUUCUCUCUAAUCACAAAGAACAUUUCACAAAACUGGCCGUGGAUGCAGUGCUCCGCCUGAAGGGUUCAGGGAAUCUGAAGGCUAUACAGAUCAUCAAAAUUUCUGGAGGCCUCCUUGAAGAGUCAUUCCUGGAUGAAGGCUUUCUUUUAAACAAAAAGGUGGGAGUGCAUCAACCAAAACGCAUUGAAAACGCCAACAUUUUGAUCGCCAAUACCCCCAUGGACACGGACAAGAUUAAAGUGUUUGGUUCAACCAUCAAAGUGGACUCCAUGGCCAAAAUUGCCGAACUGGAGGUGGCCGAAAAGGAAAAGAUGAAGGACAAAGUCAACAAGAUCUUAGCACACAAAUGCAAUGUCUUCAUUAACAGACAAUUGAUCUACAACUACCCGGAGCAGCUGUUCGCGGACGCGGGCGUGAUGGCCAUAGAGCACGCGGACUUCGACGGCAUCGAGCGGCUGGCGCUCGUCACCGGCGGCGAGAUCGUCUCCACCUUCGACUCCCCCGACAAAGUCAGGCUCGGGCACUGCAAAGUGAUCGAACAGGUUUUGAUAGGCGACGAGUGCCUGAUCCGUUUCUCGGGCGUGGAGCUGGGCGCGGCGUGCACCGUGGUGAUCCGCGGCGCCACGCAGCAGGUCAUCGACGAGGCCGAGCGCUCGCUGCACGACGCGCUCUGCGUGCUCGCCGCUACCGUGCGCGAGCCCAAGGUCAUCUACGGCGGAGGCGCGAGCGAGAUGCUGAUGGCGGAGGCGGUGUCCGCGGCGGCGGCGCACACGGCGGGCAAGGAGGCCGCCGCGGCCGAGGCCUUCGCCGUGGCGCUGCGCCGCCUGCCCGCCGCCGUGGCCGACAACGCCGGCUACGACAGCGCCGACCUCAUCGCGCGCCUGCGCGCCGCGCACGCCCGGGGCGACGCCACCGCCGGCCUCGACAUGAACAACGGCGUGGUGGGCGACAUGAAGCAGCUGGGCGUGACGGAGUCGUACGUGGUGAAGCGGCAGGUGCUGGAGUCGGCGGCCGAGGCGGCCGAGAUGAUCCUGCGCGUCGACAACAUCCUCAAGGCCGCGCCGCGCCGCCGCCAGCCCGACCACCGCCCCUGCUAGGCGCACACCCCCCCCACACACACACAUACAUACAAGGCCGAGGCGUACCUAACUUAGACGGUUCAUCAUUCUAAAUUCAAAAGCGCAAAAGACUAGAUUCUUACGACCACGCGCGGUUAAAAACUAAAAUCGCAGUGGCAAUCGUAAGUCGGGUACGCGGCGAAAAUAUUACACUCUUUGCAAAGUAAUUUUUGCUAAUUUCGACUUCAUAAAGCGUUGUCACACCUGUGUGACGUUUGUCAUAAAUUCCAUCAUAUCUAGAGCUGUAUUGUCAUUAAAAUAAAAUAAAUAUGAUACAGAACGCACGAAUUAAAUGUACAACCGCGCGUGGCACGUAAUCGUUUACAGCAGCUUGUUAUGAACCGUCCGAGUUAAACGUUAGACCUUUAGUAUUAUCUGAAACUCAUGACGAACGGUUCUAGUCAUUCGAUUCUCUAUCCUAACGUUAUGUUAAAAAGUCUAAGAAAGAUGUGGAAUCAAAUGAAUAAAACCGUUUAACAGAGUUCCCCAGGUAAUAGCACUGUAUCUGUCAACUGGUGUGAAGUUAGCGAUAUACGACAUCUAUUUUUAGUUACUUGGACGAAAUGUUUUUGUAAAGUUGCUCAACUUUCUCGGUGAUAUUGCAUCAAUCACAUUUGUCUGUCUUAAAGCUUUAAUACCUUUAAUAUAUUUUUUUGGUGCUUCCCCGUAAGGAUACCUCAUCGGACAGAUAUUUUGGUUCAGAUACGUUGAAAAAUAAGCUUUAUUGCCCUCUUCACACUAGUUACAUAUCCGUAUAUACAGAUUUACCGAUUGAUGCGGUACAGAGCAUUUCACUACGUUUAUAACAUUCUUAGGGUGCAUGCGUUGACCGUGAAUGGAGUUGACGGAUGUUACUCAAUGUGAACAAAGUAUGGAUGUGGAUUUUUCAGAUAUAUCUGAGUAUGUCCGUACAUUAUUUUACUUACACUUAAUUAGCUUGGUUAAUGCUGAUGCCAGUAUUGUUAAAGUUCACUAUUUUAUUUCACGAUUUUUUAAUGAAUUACCAAUUUAGUUGAAAGAAAGCCUUAUUUCACCAGUCUGACAAUUGUCGCCUGACAUUGACAAUUCGCUGUACAUUGCUGGUCCAACGAGUAAAUAUUGACGUAAAAGUGUACGCGAAAUUGUCAGUAUAGAUUAAGUUCGUGAAAUAGCCCAGUUUAGACAUAUGUGUCGUGAGAUUAAAUUGUGCGACUCGUAUCUAUAUUUUUGUGUCGUUUAUUGUCACAGAUGUUAUUUUACUAAAUGUCCUCUUAGCUUUGCUAGCGGAACUAUUCCUAAGACUCUAAAAACAAUGUUUCACUAACGUUAUUGUUUUAUUUUCUGGCCACAGAUGCCUUGAUUUAAUGAUGUAUGAAUAAAUAUUUAAUACUAUGUGA